GGUGCCCUCUGCUCAUUUGUCUCACAUCAGAAAGGAGCUGUAAACAGUACUAGAAGAACUUCCACCACAGUCCUUCAAGCCAUGGCACAGACUCAACAGGAGAAAUUGGAUGUCCCUUAUUGCACCGAGUUCUCGGAUGGAUUUGGCAAAGGAAAACUUGUGAGGAUCCGAGGUUCUGUGCUCAAGGAUGGUAAAAGCUUUGCUGUGAGUUUCCUGUGUGGAAAGGAAGAAAAAGCCGACAAUGCUUUGUUGGUUUUGGUCAAGUUGGGUGGCUCAAGUGAGAUGGUGUUGAACAGCUUCCUGAAGAAGACCUUCGGCCAGGAAGAAAAGCAUAGCAAACUCCCUUUUGCGAAAGGGCAAGACUUUCAGCUGGAGUUUAUCUUCGAAGAAGAGGCCUGCAAGGUGGUGGUCAAUGAGGAGGAGACCUUCCAAUACAAAUACCGCAUCCCUGCCGAGGAAAUACGCUUCCUGCAGGUGGAAGGAAAUGUGGAGCUUGAGUUUGUCAGGCUGCAGGAUGAAAAGGAUAACCAGUCAGAAGAUAAGAUGCAGUCACCUGGCAUGCUGCAUUGCUACAGGCCCUGUGUGCCAUAUCCAUGUUGCAGGCCUUGCCAACCAUGUGUGACAUGGUAUCAUUGCUGUUAGUGCACUCCAUGUCGCUGUGGUUGUGUCGCGUAUUGAUAAUUUUAUGGCACAAUUAAAGAAUUGGGGGAACGUGGCCAAUCCUGCAUCCUGUGAACCUGCUUACUCAUACUUUGCCAUCUAUUCAAUCUGUUCCAACAGAAAAACCCCCAGAUUGAUUCCAAUAAGAUUCUUCUCACUCACUCUCCAGUCCUUUGAAUAUGAGAAUACUUUGCAAAACCUAUCUUUAUACAUGAAUAAACAGCAUUGCUUUUUAGCCUGAAUAA